AUGAAAUUUUUGAAAUUUUUCUUUAAAGUGAAUAUUUGCCUUGGUUGUGUCUUAGUAAGUAAUAAUUCACAGAUAAUAUUAAAAGAUGAUGAUGAAAUUAAACAAAUGAUUGAAGAAUAUGUAAAAUCAAAGAAUUUCUUAAAAAAGAAUGUAUUUUUGAUUAUAAAAUUACUUGAAUCUAAAUACAGUUAUGUAUCUAAAGAAGAAAUUAAUUCAAUAGUAAGACAAUUAAAUAGUAAUUUUAAGAAAAAAGAAAUUAACAGUAAAGAAGAUUUAGAUAAAGAAAGUUGUAUUGAAGAUUUUAAUGAGUAUAUGCGUACUACAUAUAACAAAGUAUAUGAAAAUUUUGGCGAAUUGAUAGUUAAAAAAAUUAAAAGCAGUGGUAAAGUUGAAUUAGAUAGUUCAAAGUGUUUAUUUUUUAUACCCGGGUAUUGUAUUGAUGAAUUUUUAGACUCGUUAAAGAAAAAUCAAUGUGAUAUUAGAUUUUCUAAUAAUGAAUCUCUA